UAAUGUUAAGUAACAUUUUGAUUCUUGUUGAAUUCCUCUGCAGAUAUACAACAACAUCAGGACUGACAGCAGCUGAUCUUAAAAGACUGGAUAUAACAGAUCUGAAGAUCUACAUUCAACAAUGGGAACAAUACGAAGACGUCUUCUUCUACUUCUAUCUCUGCUGCUUCAUCUCAACCCUUCACUCACUUAUUCGCUGAAAAGCUGUAACAUCGAUUAUUCUGAGGAUUCCUCUGCUGAUGUUGUCUUGGAUUGCUCAAACGGUGAACUCGUUGUUAUCCCUGAUGACAUCCCCGGAGAUGUGAGCUCAGUAAAUCUCAGGAACAAUACCAUUGGACGGAUUAACAGGGAAGACUUUGGCUUCUUGUCAAAGCUGAGACUUUUGUCCCUGGACUUGAAUGAGAUCGCUGACAUAGACGACGGAUCUUUUAUAGGUUUGGUGGCGUUGACAAAACUCCGCAUGAGAUUUAAUAAUCUUACCAACCUGACGAGCAACCUUUUUCAGGGACUGUCCAACCUCACAACACUUGAUGUCGGGAACAACAACAUCCAGUUCAUCGAUACCUCUGCCUUUCAGUUCCUGACCAGCUUACAGACUGUGAAACUCGACUCCAACCAGCUCCGACAAGUUUCCGACAUUCAGCCCAUCUUACAGCUACCACACUUAAGGGAGCUGAUCAUUGGAGAUAAUCAAUUUCACUCCUUCCAGACCAAAGAUCUGCUGCUGAACAUGUCCUCAAGCCUUCAGAUGUUAGAUGUAGCCCAUAACGAGUUGGAAAAGUUCAGCAUCACAACACCGAUCUUUCCUCGCCUUGAGCUGGUUGACAUUUCUCGUUGUGGCCACAAUGCCAGCUUGGAGUGGGACAUCCCUGACAAGACUCUCCUGAGGAACAUAACUCAACUGUAUUUUAGCUACAGCUCACUGCCUUUUAAAGAGAUGCAAAACGUCCUGCAGAGUCUUGACUCGCUGAUGCAUCUCAGACUGAAUCAUAUGAGGGAGUAUAUCAACAAAGGCCUCUUAAAAACGGUCUGCAAAAUCCCGACACUUAAGAAACUGGAUCUGUCUUACAACCAAUGCCCCAAUAUAAGUGCAAAGCUUGUAAGUUGCUCUCAGCUCACUGAACUUGACCUGUCCAUAACUUACAUGACUGAACUGUCUCAAGGCUCAAUACGAUCGAUGAAGCAACUGAAGAACCUUGUUGUACAAGGCAACUUCCUCUCCAAAGUGCCAGAUGACAUCAGCGGUCUCUCCUCCCUCGAGAUCCUGGAUCUGAGCAACAAUCUGCUCACCGAAUUAGUCUGCGGGGAUUUCCUAAACACGACGCGCCUCACAGAACUUUAUCUGAACACCAACCACAUUGCCAAACUGGAUGGGUGUGUCUUUGAAAAUAUGAAUGAUCUUAAAGUUCUAGAUUUGAGUGAGAACCUGCUGUGGACAUUCGGAAGUGCCUUUAAAAUGGGCCUGCAGAGGCUUGAGUUCCUCCAUUUGAGCAAAAACUCAUUGUCUAUUCUUGAAGAGGGGGAUUUUAAAGGAUUAAGGUCUGUGAAAUAUUUGGAUAUGGUGUCAGAUAACAUCAAAUGGGUGAGACAUAAAGCUUUAGAGGGACUGAACAACCUGGAGACUCUUAUUGUGUUGCUUCCUCUUACAUUUGAAAUAAACUUCACAGGAAUGCAGCAGCUGGAAAAUCUCACUAUAUAUUUUAAUACUGACAUUGGUUUCAAAAAACCUCCUCCAAACCUUUAUGAAGCUUUCCCUAAUUUAAAAUCUUUGAAAAUGCUUACAAUAAUAUGCAAGGGUGAUCACUUCGGCUAUCCCUUUGACAUACCGUCAUACAUCCUCAAGGCUAUGGACCGUUUAGAGGAGUUCACAGCUGUGAAUUUGUACGUUUCUGCGCCGCAUCCAAAGACAUUUCAGUUCAACUCUCAGCUCAAGAAUCUGACAAUUGAGCAGACUGAUUUAUCAGAUUUGGAUCCUGAACUGUUUCGGCCGAUCCCGAACCUGAAGUCUCUCGAUCUGUCCAAAAACAAGCUCAGAUCUUUGGAUUUUCUGGCUCAGGUCGACCUGCCAGCUCUCAGCUGGUUGAAACUGAGAGAGAAUGAGUUGAUGGUGAUCAAUGAAACGGUCUUCCAGUCUCUGCCUGCACUAACAUAUCUGGACCUGCUUGGUAACCCUUUCGCCUGUAACUGCUCUAACAUCGGCUUCAUCCAAUGGGUGAAGAGCAACAACCAGACACAAGUCGUUAAUGCCUACCAGUAUGCUUGUUCCUUUCCUGUGGCUAAACGAGGAAGCAAGCUGCUGGACUUUGACAUCCAGUCCUGCUGGAUUGACGUUAACUUCUUCUGCUUCAUUUCCAGCACUUGUCUGGUUGUGUUAACGCUCCUCACAUCCUUCAUCUACCACUUUCUGAGGUGGCAGCUAGUCUACAGCUUCUACCUCUUCCUGGCCUUCCUCUAUGACAGCAGGAGGAGGAAGAAGGAAUCUCCUCACUGCUACGACGCCUUCAUCUCCUACAACGUUCAUGAUGAGGCCUGGGUUUACAGAGAGAUGCUUCAAGUGCUGGAAGGAGAGCAGGGCUGGAGACUCUGUCUGCACCACAGAGACUUCCAACCAGGUAAACCCAUCAUAGAGAACAUUACAGACGCCAUCUACAGCAGCAGGAAGACCAUCUGUGUGAUCAGCCAGCGCUACCUGCAGAGCGAGUGGUGCUCCAGAGAGAUCCAGAUGGCCAGCUUCCGUCUGUUUGACGAGCAGAAGGACGUGUUGAUCCUGCUGUUUCUGGAGGAGAUCCCGGCCUAUCAGCUGUCUCCGUUCUACCGUAUGAGGAAGUUGGUGAAGAGACACACCUACCUGAGCUGGUCGCAGGCCGGCCAACACACGGGAGUCUUCUGGCAGAACGUACGGAGAGCUCUGGAGACGAGGGACGCUCCCACCGAGAACACCAACCUGCUGACCGGACCAGCAGGGAGCUUUCACCAACCAGCAGCUCCCAUGUCAUCAGGCUGAAGUACCUUAAAGUUUCUCUGACAGUCGCUAGCUGCUCCAACUGACUCCCUUUC